AUGGGAGAAAGGGGUCGGGGCUUUCAGGUGGAUCCGAAUUUGCCCAGAUAUGUCUGCCAGAACUGCCGCAACUCUCUCUGCAUCGUCGGCGCCGAUUCCUAUGCCGAAAAGUUCUUCAACGAUUUCUCUCGCUCCGGCAUGCAGGGCUCUUCAAUGCAUGGGGCAAACAGUGUGUUAUCAACACGGAUGGACAAUUCUUUUGUUGUGUUACCAAAGCAAAGACCCCAGGCACAAGGAGUCCCUCCUCGUCCUCGUGUUGGAGCCGCCCAAACAAGCCAGUCUGGAAAGGCAAUGGAUGAGUCCUUUGUGGUUGUUUAUAAAUCUGAGUCAUCAGCAGAUGGUGGUGGGGCCCAGUUGCCGUCACCUGAUGGAGGACCCAAUGGUCCUUUGCAGCCUAACAAUUCUGGGUUUCACUCUACUAUAACUCUCCUGAAACGGGCAUUUGAAAUUGCCACCACCCAAACACAAGUCGAGCAACCUUUAUGUCUUGAAUGCAUGAGGGUAGUGUCUGAUAAACUUGACAAGGAGGUUGAAGAUGUGAAUAGGGACAUUAAAGCCUAUGAAGCCUGUCUUAAACGCUUGGAGGGAGAGACAAGGGAUGUUCUUAGUGAGGCUGAUUUUCUAAAGGAAAAACUAAAGAUUGAGGAAGAAGAGAGAAAACUUGAAGCAGCAAUUGAAGAAAUGGAGAAACAGAACGCGGAAGUAAAUAAUGAGCUGAAGGAACUUGAGUUAAAAUCUUGCAGAUUUAAGGAAUUGGAGGAGCGGUACUGGCAUGAGUUCAAUAAUUUUCAGUUUCAAUUAAUUUCGAAUCAGGAAGAGAGAGAUGCAAUUUUGUCCAAGAUAGAAGUUUCACAGGCGCACUUGGAGUUGUUGAAACGAACUAAUGUGCUCAAUGAUGCCUUUCCUAUCUGGCAUGAUGGAGAAUUUGGUACCAUCAACAAUUUUCGACUUGGACGACUUCCAAAAAUGCCGGUUGAGUGGGAUGAGAUAAAUGCUGCCUGGGGCCAAGCCUGCCUUCUCCUCCAUACCAUGUGUCAAUAUUUCCGUCCAAGAUUUCAAUAUCGAAUAAAAAUACUUCCUAUGGGCAGCUACCCUCGGAUUAUGGACAACAACAACACUUAUGAGCUGUUUGGUCCCGUGAACUUAUUUUGGAGCACUCGGUAUGACAAAGCAAUGACAUUGUUCUUGACAUGCCUUAAAGACUUUGCUGAGUUUGCAAAUUCCAAGGAUCAAGAAAACAACAUACCACCUGAAAAAUGCUUUAAAUUGCCAUACAAGAUUGAGAAUGACAAAGUGGAAAGCUAUUCUAUCACUCAAAGCUUCAAUAAGCAGGAGAAUUGGACUAAAGCUCUAAAGUACACCCUCUGCAAUUUGAAAUGGGCUCUGUAUUGGUUUGUUGGGAAUACGAACUUCCAGCCUCUUUCUGCAGUGUCUUCACAUGCUGAAGUUCCAGGCGUUGGCUCAUUGUACACAAGACGUGGUACCGACUCCAAGUCUGAGUUCCGAAACUCAUCUAAUCCAUGA